UUCUCCCUCCUAUGGCAACCACAUCGGCGGCACCGGCCAUGGCGUACCGAGUGCUGGAGCUGACCCUGGUCUCGGCAAACGACCUCAAGAAGGCGCUCUUCUCCCGGAUGCGCGUGUACGCGGUCGCCUCCAUCUCCGGGGGCGGCCCUCGCAUGCCCACCCACGGCACCCACGCCGACCGCAGCGGCGGCUGCAACCCCGCCUGGAACGCGGUACUCCACUUCCCCAUCCCCGCCGCCGCCGACACCCGCGGCCUCGCGCUCCACGUGCUUCUCCGCUCCGAGCGCCUCUUUGGCAACCGCGACGUCGGCGAGGUGUUCGUGCCCAUCGAUGACCUCCUGGCCAGCGCCGACAAGGCCGGGGAUCCGAGGCCGGUGAGCUACCAGGUGCGCAGGCCGCACUCCGGCCGCGCCCACGGCACGCUCUACUUCUGCUAUAAGUUCAUCGAUGUCCCCGCCGCCGGAGUCACGGAAACCAAACAGGGCCAAUACGUCAAGUACGUGCAGGACUCCGAGAAGGGAAUGGACUAUGUCAUCGCGCCGGCCAUCGCGUACCCGCCACGGCAGGCCACGCCCGCGUACCAACCGGCGCCGUACGGCUCGCCGUACGCGGGGUACCCGCCGCAGCCGUAUGCCUACGCUGGUCUGUCACCGUACGGGUACAAUGCUGCUGCCCCACAACCGGCGAUGUACGGGUACGCGCCGCCACCAGUGGCUGCGCCGGCGAGGCAGGGUGGAGGAGGUGUGGGGGUUGGGCUCGGGCUCGGUCUUCUCGGCGGUGCUGUCGGUGGGAUGAUGCUGGGGGAAAUGGUGGGUGACUUCGAGGGUGACGCCGCCUACGACGCCGGGUUCAAUGAUGCGUUGGCAUUUUAG